AUGAGUGUGGCGAUAGGCUUAAGUGCAUGUGCACUUUCAUCUGUUCUAUUCGGAUCAAUGUUUGUUCCAGUGAAAAAGUGUCAAUCAGGAAACGGAAUUUUCGUCCAAUGGUUAAUGUCAUCUGCAAUUCUUCUAGUCGGAGUCAUUGUAUACUGGACGCAAGGAUUUCCAGAAUUUGAGCCACUCGCUAUGCUGGGAGGAGUUUUCUGGGCUCUUGGUAAUGCAACAGCUGUUCCAAUCAUGAAUACAAUAGGAAUUGGCAUGGGAAUGCUGGUUUGGGGAACCACGAAUUGUGUGGCAGGAUGGGCUGCCGGAAGAUUUGGUCUAUUCGGUAUCAAUGCAACAGUUCCAACGUCUCCAAUUCUCAAUUAUUUUGGUCUGAUUUUAGUAGUUUUUGGAGGUUUCUUAUUUUCACAAAUUCGCCCGAACGAAUCUCAAACAUCUUCUGAAAGAAGUCCUCUUAUGGUGGCUCCAGAUGAUGAUUUAGCAGAUGACGUAUCUCCAGAUGCUAGUGAUAUUAUAGUGCCACGUGGUGGAGCUGUUCCUACUGUCAUUGGUGCUCAUCGGAAUCAGAAAAGAUUAAUGGCAAUCGUGACUUCAUUGGUAGCUGGUGUAUUUUAUGGAAUUACUUUUGUUCCGGUCAUUUAUAUUCAAGAUCAUCCAGAACUCUACCCAACUUCUCCAAAAACUGGGCUCGGAUACGUUUUCUCUCACUACAUGGGAAUUUUCUGUACUGCUUCAACUUUAAUGAUCGGAUAUGUGUUCGUAUCGAGAAAUAAUCCAUUUGCUCCAUCUCGAUUAAUUGGUCCAUCGAUGACAGCUGGCUCAAUGUGGGGAAUUGCUCAGGCAUCUUGGUUUGUGGCCAAUGAUAACUUGUCACAAGCUGUUUCAUUUCCUAUAAUUUCAAUGGUUCCUGGUGUCAUUGCUGCGUUGUGGAGUGUAUUUUAUUUCAGAGAUAUCUCCGGUUCACGUAACCUUCGUCUUCUCUCCAUUGCAGUGGCUAUCACUCUAACUGGAGCAAUCUGUGUAGGAGUGUCGAAGUAA